AUGACGAAUUCUUGGAGCACGCUGCCCGCCCCAACGCCAGAGGGUCAAGUGGGUGGACAUGAAGGGGUCGGUCAUAUUGUCAAACUUGGUCCAGGUGCUGACACAGCAGGUGUCAAAAUCGGAGAUCGUGUUGGAGUUAAGUGGGUGUCUAGCACUUGUGGCAACUGUGAGCCAUGUCAAGCCGGAUCAGACGGUCUUUGUUUCAAUCAAGAGAUAUCGGGCUACUUCACCCCAGGGACCUUCCAGCAAUAUGUGCUCAGUCCGGCACAUUAUGUAUCGCCUAUUCCCGAUAGACUUGACUCUGCUGAAGCAGCGCCUAUGCUUUGCGCAGGAACUACUAUCCAUGCCGCCCUUAAGCGCAGCAAUGCUAGACCGGGACAAUGGAUAGUAAUUGCUGGUGCUGGCGGCGGACUCGGGCAUCUAGGAGUGCAGCUGGCUAGCCGGGGUAUGGGUCUGCGAGUAAUCGGUGUCGAUCACCCCAGCAAGGCGGACAUUGUCCUUUCAUCGGGCGCAGAGCAUUUUGUCGAUAUCACCCAGUUCUCUAAAAACGACCAAGGAGCAGCUAUCUCUUCCCACAUCAUAUCGCUGGCCGGCGGACUUGGUGCUCAUGCUGUCAUUGUCUGCACUGGUUCUGACCAAGCCUAUGCCAAUGCCCUGCGCUUUCUGCGUUUCAACGGCACGUUAGUGUGUGUAGGGAUACCAGAGCACGGAACACAGUCUAUCGAAUCUGCCAGUCCCGGUACGAUAAUCGGAAAACAAUAUAACAUAACUAGCUCGGCCGUUGGUAAUCGCCAAGAUGCCCUUGAAGUACUUGAUUUCGCUGCUCGUGGAAUCAUUAAGGCACGCGUACGCAUUGAAAGUAUGGAUUCACUGGCAACCGUCUUCCAAGAGAUGAAAGAGGGGAAAUUGCAAGGAAGAGUGGUGCUCGACUUACAAUAG